CCUGCCGCUGUCAUGUUGGCGAGAGGAGACGGAAUAGCGAGACUGCAGAUCCCAACGCGCAGCGCGGCGAUCGCCAGCCAGCAGAUGAUCUAACGGAGCGGAUCCGCGGACGGGCUGGAGCAGCGGGGCUGGAGCUGCGCGUCCGUCCAAUUUCUCACCCGCAAACCUUCCUGGCAAUUUGCUCCAUUCCAGAACGUCAGCCAAAAGCAUCUUCUCCCCCAGCCAAUUCCCAGCCCGGUGUCAUCGCUGACAUUUCGCUCAAAUUACAGCCCCGGAGUCUGUCUGUCAAUCGUCCGAAAUUCAGCUGGGAAUCGGCGCUGCCGACCCGCUCGGAUAAAGCUCUCAGUCCGCCCGCCCGCCCGCCUGGAGAGGACCAUCCGUCCAAGAAUGGUGCUCCACCUUGAGACAAAGUCCACCUCGGGCCACAGCGCCGCAGAAAGUCAUCGCCAGGAUUCGGUGCAACUGUUGAUAUUUAACUUUUUACUCAUUCUCACCAUCUUGACCAUUUUUCUGUUCAAACACCGGAGGGUCCGCUUUCUGCACGAGACCGGAGGGUCGAUGUUUUACGAAAACAGCCACAUGGUAUCAAUAUGUUUCAGUGAGAAGCAAGUUACGUUUGACUCAGAAAUUUUCUUCAACGUCCUCUUGCCCCCAAUAAUAUUUUACGCUGGGUACAGUCUGAAAAAGAGACAAUUCUUCCGCAAUUUGGGCACAAUUCUCACGUACGCUUUUAUCGGCACUGCCAUCUCCUGCAUCGCGAUUGGGGGCCUUAUGUACGGCUUUGUCCUGGGGAUGAUCGAACUUGGACAGCUGGACAAGCUGGACUUCUACUUCACCGACUGCCUAUUCUUUGGAGCUCUGAUUUCAGCCACUGACCCAGUGACGGUGCUGGCCAUUUUCCAUGAGCUCGACGUGGAUCCACAACUCUAUACGUUGCUCUUUGGGGAGAGUGUUCUCAAUGAUGCCGUCGCCAUUGUCUUGACAUACUCCAUAUCCAUCUACAGCCCAAAGGACAAUCCCCACAUGUUUGAUGCCACUGCUUUCUUUACAUCCGUUGGGAACUUUGCCUGGAUCUUUGCUGGUUCAUUUGCCAUGGGCUCAGCAUUUGGUGUUGUCACGGCUUUGUUAACCAAAUUCACCAAACUCUGUGAGUUCCCAAUGCUGGAGACUGGGAUUUUCUUCUUGCUGUCCUGGAGUGCAUUUCUCUCCGCUGAAGCAAGUGGCCUGACAGUGCGUCUCUGGGCCCAAGUACUAUCAACAGUGCUCAAAGAGAGUCUAACGCAGCUUUUUGAAUUUAUGAAUUUUAUGGCUGAGAACUUCAUCUUCUGUUACAUGGGAGUUGCCCUGUUCACCUACCAGAACCACAUCUUCAAUGCCCUCUUCAUUUUUGGAGCCUUUCUCGCUAUCUUUGUGGGGCGUGCUUGUAACAUAUACCCUCUGACCUUUCUGCUGAACCUGAGGCGGAAAAAGAGGAUUCCUUGGAACUUCCAACACAUGAUGAUGUUUUCAGGCUUGCGUGGUGCUAUUGCAUUUGCCCUGGCAAUCCGAGAUACCAACACAAAGCCCAAGCAGAUGAUGUUCACCACCACCCUGAUGAUCGUGUUCUUCACUGUCUGGGUGUUUGGCGGCGGCACCACUCAAAUGCUCACAUGGCUUCACAUCAGGGUGGAUGUGAACCCAGAUGAUGAGCUCAACCUAGAAACUUUACAUGUGAGUGGCGAUGGCAUGCAAGUGAUGAACCCCACAGAAGCAGAAAGUGCCUGGAUGUUCCGGAUAUGGUACAAUUUUGACCACAAAUAUUUAAAGCCAGUUCUGACGCACGCUGGUCCACCGCUCACGACAACACUGCCCACUUGGUGUGGUCCUAUCGCUCGACUGCUGACUAGUUCCAAGGCACAGGACCAUCGGAACGAGGAUGAUGCAGAUUACAUCAUCAAUAAUGACGAACUCUCGAUCUACUUUGAAGAUAAAUCCGCUUCUGCCUCUUGCUACGGAGAGACUCCAGGAAAGGACCUUCCUGCAGAUCAACAACUGGCAGACAAGGAUGACCUCAGUGAAGGAGAGAGUCAGCCAAGAUUGGGCCUCACCUCCAGUCAGACAACGAGUGUCCCUCCCUCUUAAACCUGACUGCUUUAUUGACCCAUCGGGGGCAAUAAAUUGGAAAGGAAGAUGAAUUUGCUCUGAUAUACUUAUUGCAUUUGAACUAAUAUUAUGGUUCUUAAAUUCCUGAUUGUGAAAUUUCAGUGUGACAGGCACUAGUCUCUAUAUUAAAUUCAGGACAAGCACAAUUAUUAACUUGACCAACACUUAGAUGGCGAAUCUAUGAAUACUUAAUGGCCGAGUGGUCAAAGGCAUUAUUCCAGUGUGAUUUAUCUCAAGAAUCCCACAUUUACAUUCAAGCCCAGUUAAAGUAAUGAGUGUGACCUAUGAAUUACUUCCAAUCCAAUGCUGUUGGAUGACCUUCUAAGCUUUGCUCUAUACUGUCUCUCAAGUAAGAUGGCACUUGGUUGUGUAUUCAUGCAGAAAUAAUUCUGAUACAACCUGCACUAUUGAAACUGAAGGAGAAUCUUUACCUUAUUGCAAAAAUUUUGAAUGUUAAUAAUUAUAAAUGUAAUAGUACUUAUCUGUAUUUUUUUAUAUAUUACUCUGACUAGUUUUAGAACCCUAGAGGUUUCAAAUACAGGUCUCUUUGAUGGUAUCGUACUUUUCUCUCUUUAAGUCUCACGGGUUUUAGUUUUGCCUUCAUUAUAUUGUCCACGUAGACAUUGAGCAAGAUUGACAACAGAAACACCUUGAAUUCAACUACCCUGAAGCAUCAAUGAAUAAUGGCACAGAUGGGGUGCAGUAUUAAACAAUUCUGACCAGAAAGUUACUGGGCAAUUAUUAACUCAAAUGCUUGCGAGCAAGGAGAGGGAGAAAAGAUUUGCUGGAUGCCACCAAAGACAUGCCAGCCUAUUGAAUCUUGCCCAAUGCAGUGCUGCAAAGUGGCACAUGUCUCUGUUCUGAUGCUGCUGAACAACAUAGCUGGCACAUGAAGAUGAGGCACAAGAAGGCUCUCCAUGCCCGUUGAACUAUACCCCAGCAAGAGUCAGUUACUUCAGAAGAAGUCAGUUAAUUUGACAGGGGUGGAAAGAGGUGGAAAUAAACCCAGUGAGGCAAACAGAAAGAGUGAACAUUUUAGCAAUAAAAUUUAAAGACUGGAGAUAAGUUUUUGAUCAGUGGAUUACAAUAAAGGCAUUUCCCUAAUAAAGCUGCUUGAGGCAAAAUCAAUUGCAAUCUUAAAACCUGCAUCGGAUAGAUUUUUGUUAGGAAGACAGUAAAGUUUACAUAAUAAGGGACGUUGAAGGGUUUAGUAGCUUUUGGCCAGUUGGACAGCUGAUCGGCUCGUGCCUAAGUAGCUUGCUUACCCUUAUAUGUUGCAUUCAGUCAAUGUGAAUGUGAAUGGCGUUUGGCAUUAAGAAUUUCAUGACAAAUGUUGUUAUGCCACAUUAAAGAUACCUCAGAGGUAAAGGUGGAACAUACACAAUUCCACACAUGGUUAAACUUAGAGAAAGCAAAUUUACUAAUAAGUCUGGUUGCAUUAUUGGUAUAAAAGAACAGAUGGGAUUUCUAAUAUAAAUAAUAUUUUAGCUAAUCUAAUGCUAGAUAUAUUUUGAACAACAUGCAAUGCUUACUCCUCAUCAUUUUUACUUCACAUCCAUCCAUGUUGUAUGCAAAACUGUGUUUUACUCUGUUCAAGAAAAUAAUGGAUAGUUUUUUGUUUGCAGUUAGAAAGCUCUGCUCCAGAGUUUAUGGAGUUUUGUGCCUUAUACUGUCAAAUUCAAUGUACCUUAUGGAAAUGGCGUUCUUUUGAUGUGAUCUAGACCUGUGGUAUAUAAAAACAUCACCAUGGCAACUAAACAUAUUGUUUCAUGGCUUUCUGUGGAGUUUCAAAUACGUGCAGUUGCUACCUCUGUGUUACCUCAUGUGUUAUCUCCUCAAUGAAUCAGAUCGCUUUCAAGAAUCCAAUGCAUAAGAGCAAAGCCAGGAAAGCAGUUGAGUGUUUAUU